AGCGAGCAGCCAUUACAGGGCUCGCGCGAGUGUUUUUUUUUUUUUUUGCAUAGAGUUUCACACGCGAUCGAAAGGCCACGGAGACAUAAAGGAGCUCGGAGCAGCGCGUACCUGUUCUUAGGUGUGGGGGUGACUGGGUGCCCUUGCUUCACUGUCACCUGGGGAUUUCUUUGGUAUCAGGGUAUCUUGUUGUUACAGGGUUUCUUUCUUUCCAUUUUCUUUCUUUUUUUUUUUUUUUUACUUCUGUAUUAGUUUUUUUUCGUUUUUAAAAAAAAAUGACGGUUAAUCCAGAAUACCUGGUGCUGCUAUUCACCACGACGUCGGGCGCGAGCGCCGAGCUUUUAGGAUCAGACGAGAAGGAAAUCGUUCAGCUGGUGUGGCAGGUCCUGAAUUUAGGCACUAAAAAGACUGGUGCAGUGAAUGAAGAGCUGGUGAAGCCGGAGUGUGUGGAGCUGACGGAGGAGUGUGUGCAGGUGAGCGGCCUCACCGUGGAGGCCCUUUCAGCUGCUUCUCCCCUCGAACAAGCCCUCAAUCAGUUUAACCAAAGGUUGCACUCAGAAAUAAGCACAAGUUCAGAGAAGUCCUUCUGUCUCUGCACGGAUGGCCAGCUUCACCUGCGUCAGGUUCUCCAUCCGGAGGCUUCGAACAAGAAUAUCCCAUUACCCGAUUGUUUUUUCUCAUUUUUUGACCUGCGGAAAGAGUUCAAGAAGCAUUCUCCAGCUGCGGCUGAUCUGAAGGACUUGGACCUUAAGUUCAUGGCAGAUUACCUGAAUGUAAGUGUGGAUCCUGAUAAUAACUUUACGGCGCUAAAGGUUCAACAGAUGUCCAGCAUUGCUCUAGCACUCCUCUCUGAGCCUGUCUGCCAAAUGUUCACAUGCCCUGAGAAAGUGAAUGAGAAAUUUGAAACUGGUACCUGCAGCAAGAUGGAGCGGAUAGAUGACAAUACUGUGAUUAGAGCUCGAGGCCUUCCCUGGCAAUCCUCAGACCAGGAUGUUGCACGCUUCUUCAGGGGUCUCAACAUUGCCAAAGGGGGUGCUGCUCUGUGCCUGAAUGCUCAGGGCAGAAGGAAUGGCGAGGCACUUGUUCGAUUCGAUAGUGAAGAGCACCGGGACCUGGCACUGCAGAGACAUAAACAUCACAUGGGCUCAAGAUACAUUGAGGUUUAUAAAGCAACGGGUGAAGACUUCUUAAAAAUAGCAGGAGGCACCUCUAAUGAAGUUGCAAAAUUCCUGUCACGAGAGAACCAAGUGAUCGUGCGCAUGCGAGGGUUACCCUUUACCGCCACAGCUGAGCAGGUGCUGCAGUUCUUCUCUCCAUCAUGCCCAGUGACCGAUGGCACAGAGGGUAUUCUAUUUGUGCGUUUCCCCGAUGGCAGGCCCACCGGGGACGCCUUUGUCUUGUUCUCCUGUGAUGAAUACGCAGAGAAUGCACUGAAGAAGCACAAGGAAAUCCUGGGCAAGAGAUACAUCGAGCUUUUUAAGAGCACAGCAGCAGAGGUGCAACAGGUUUUAAACAGGUAUUCUUCUGCUCCACUGAUACCCGUGGCCCCCUCACCUAUCCUGCCCUUAGUGGCUCAGCCAGCAUUUGUGCCAUCGACAGUUGCUGCCAUACCAGGAACGAGGGACUGUCUAAGACUGAGAGGUCUGCCAUAUGACGCUACCGUUCAAGACAUCCUGCUGUUCCUGGGCGAAUAUACAGCUGAUAUUAAACCACAUGGAGUACACAUGGUCCUCAAUCAGCAGGGCCGUCCAUCAGGUGAUGCAUUUAUCCAGAUGCGAUCAACAGAAAGGGCACAUGCUGCGGCUCAGCGAUGUCACAAGCGCAGCAUGAAGGAACGCUAUGUGGAGGUAUUCGCCUGCUCAGCACAGGAGAUGAACGUGGUGCUGAUGGGUGGCUCGCUCUCAAGGAGCGGCCUUUCGCCGCCACCAUGUAAGUUACGACGUCUAUCUCCUGCAUCUUACUCUUUCCCACCUGCGGGGGCUGUACUUCCUGCUGGAGCAGUGCUCCCAACAGGGGCAGUUCUACCUAUGGAAGCAGCAGCGCUCUACCCCUCCCAGUUCCUGUUGAGUCCUCGCCCAAUAGCACCUGCUCCGUUUUACCCAGCUAACAACCAGAUGUAUGUAAACUACACUGCCUACUAUCCAAGCCCCCCAGGCUCUCCACCCAAUGUGGGCUACUUCCCAGCAAGUACACACACACCUGGCUCUAUCCUCUCCAGUCCACAUGCAGCACUGAUCCGGAUGCAGGGCCACACCUCCACUCAUACCUACGCCACUGGAGUAAAGGAAAUCCUCAGCAUGGUGCAGGCUUAUCAGCCCAGCAACAGUGAAGCCUUGGUUACUCUGCCCCCCCUGCUCUCCGCCAAACAACCUAUUGCAGAUCAGAGUCUCGGAGGAGGAGCCUACCUGGACUUGCAGUUGAUAUAGACUGUGCCAGUCAUAAAGCCACAUGCCUAAUUGUAAACGUUUGGCCCUCAGAAACAUAGCUUGUUUUGUCGUUCUUGCUAUUUAUGUGAAAAAAAGAAUAUGUUCGAAUCUCUGUAUAUAUAUAUAUAUAUAUAUAUAUUGCACACUUUUACUGCAUUAGUAUACGAGUUCACUAAUAAUCUGCUCUCGUAGACAAGUAGUAGUUUCUGUCAGAGAUUUGUGCCUUUGUUUUGAGUGUGUGUGUGUGUGUGUGUGUACAUGUCAAAAAAGAAUAAUCGCUCAGGAAAAAAGUUAAACCAGAAUGAUCUUUUUUUGCCGUUUGAUUUGAAUCAAACAUUUUUAGCCAAAUUGUAAGACAAAAAUGCAUAUUUCUUUCUGUAGAGAUCUCUAGGAACGUGUGUGUGUGUGUGUGUGUGUGUGUGUGUUUGGCCCUGUCUUUACACAUGCUGAUGUGAAUGUUUGCCUGCAUGUAAAAGUGUUUGUGCUUUUAUCCCAGCCGAUGUGACUCUGCAGAUAGCAUGUGGCAAUGCAUAUAGACGUCCUCAAGCUUGACUCAACUAUUAUUAUUUUUUUAAGCUUCCAAAAUGAAGUUCAAAAAGCUAUGUAACGCAAAAUGUUUACAAGGUAUGCCACAUUCUUACGCGUGGCAUCGUGCAGUAGGUUCGGAGCACAGGUGUCGUCGCUCACAGAAGUUUUCUUUAAUCAUUUCGCCAAAUAGCCGUUCAGGGUCAAAAACAGGAACAACCAGUACUUACUGUACUCAAUAUAUGUAUGUAUGUAUGUAUGUAUGUGUGUGUGUGUGUGUGUGUGUGUGUGUGUGUGUGUGUGUCAUCAUUUAAAUACACAAGUGUCAUUCUCAACUACUCCAAGGAGAAACAUUUGUACCACUUAGUUUUAAUUGAUGUAAAUCUACUGACGUUUUUAUGUGUGUGUGUGUGUGUGUGUGUGUGUGUAUGAGUGGCUGCAAUAAUCAGUGUGUGUACUUACUGUGCUCAAUGACUGUUUUGGGCCUUCUGGAACAGACAUACACACACAUGUAUUUUAAAUUAUCAAGUUUGUUUGUGCAUGUUAUGUGAUUUAAAUUACAAGCCUGUUUAAAGGCACAGGCUUUUUUUUAAUGCCCAUGAUUCUCAAAGGCUGGUACUCUGCUUUUUUUUAGUAAAGAAUUUUUGACUAUGCCUAGACUUUUAUAAAAUGUAGAAUUGAAAUAUUUUUCAGUAAAAUGAUUUUCGCUCCAUAGAGUUCUUUCCAAGAUGUGCCAACAGAAAGUAGUACAGAAAGCACUACUUAAUUAUACCAGGAAAAUCUCAGUUUAUGCCAUAUCAGAUUUCAGAUAUCAGAUAUGUGUUUGGAUAUAAUGUUAUGGAGAAAGUGUUAUUUUAUUUUGAUAUUUUAUGUUAAAUUAAAAAAGAAAAAAAUAAAUAAAACUGAAAUAAGACAACUGUAGCGAAUUGCAUUAUGGAGUUAAUAUUGUAAUGUUCUUUAACGAUCUUUAUGUGUAAUCCAUCAGAAUGCAAUAAGGGCAAAACGAGCACUUAUUUCCCAUCUGACUCUGCAUCAUUGGAAACCUUGGCCUUUCAAUAAAGCA